CCUUUGUGUGGCUGACUGCAGAGAGCUAGGUAGCAGCAGCUGCUAGCCUCGAACAGACGACACAGGGGUAGCUAGCAGGUUAGCCGUGCAGCUAGUCAUGGUGAAUGUAAAGAAGCGGAAAGGUCGAGUCGUGAUUGACUCUGACUCCGAAGACAGCGCCAGCGACGAUAAUUUAGAUCAGGAGCUGCUGUCUUUGGCGAAGAGGAAGAGGGUUGAUUCGGGUGAACAGGAGGAGCCCGUGAGCAAACCAGCAGCUUCUACAGACUCUGAGACAUCCGACAGCGAUGAUGAGUGGACUGUGGGUGGCACCAAAGGCAAAAAGAAGGUUAAGCCGGGCAAAGGGUCUGAAAAGAAGAACGCUAAAAAGAAGAAGGUUAAUAAAGCGACGGCGUCCGGCAGCUCAGAUGGCGACAGCUCGGCCGAGAGUUCUGCACCAGAGGAGGGCGAGGUGUCUGACUCGGAGAGCAACAGUUCUUCCUCCAGCUCCGACUCGGACUCCUCCGAGGACGAGGUGUUCAGGGACGGCUACGACGACGACCUGAUGGGCGACGCCGAGGACAGAGCUCGUCUGGAGCAGAUGACGGAGAAGGAGAGGGAACAGGAGCUGUUCAACAGAAUUGAGAAAAGAGAGGUGCUGAAGAGACGGUUUGAAAUUAAGAAGAAGCUGAAGACGGCAAAGAAGAAAGAGAAAGAGGAGAAGAAAAAGAAGCAGGAGGAAGAGCAAGAAAAAAGGAAGCUAUCUCAGGUUCAAGACACACAAGUGGUCAUGUCACACAACAAGGAGAGACGAUCCAAACGAGACGAAAAACUUGACAAAAAGUCGCAGGCCAUGGAAGAACUAAAAGCUGAACGUGAGAAGAAGAAAAACAAAACAGCUGAACUUCUGGCCAAGCGUCUGCCCCUGAAGGCAAGCGAUGUUUACUCCGAUGACGAAGAGGAAGAAGACGAAGACGAUGACAAGUCAUCUGUCAAAAGCGACCGGAGUUCGCGUUCAUCGUCUUAUGAUGACGACGAAAAAGAGGAAACUCCACCGAAGUCGCAGCCCGUUUCACUCCCAGACGAGCUCAACAGGAUCCGUCUGUCCAGACACAAGCUGGAGCGCUGGUGCCACAUGCCCUUCUUCGCUAAGACCGUGACGGGCUGCUUUGUGAGGAUAGGAAUCGGAAACAGCAGCAGUAAACCAGUUUAUAGGGUGGCUGAAAUUGUGGAUGUAGUAGAGACGGCGAAGGUUUACCAGCUUGGAUCAACGCGGACAAACAAGGGAUUACAAUUAAGGCAUGGAGGUGACACACGGGUUUUCAGGCUUGAGUUCGUAUCAAAUCAAGAAUUCACAGAAAGCGAAUUCAUGAAGUGGAAAGAGGCGAUGAUGGUCGCCGGGAUGCAGGUUCCAACUCUUGAUGAAAUCACGAAGAAGGAGCAGUCCAUCAAAGAAGCUCUGAAUUAUAAGUUCAACGACAAAGACAUUGAAGAUAUCGUUAAAGAGAAGGACAGAUUCCGCAAAGCGCCGCCAAAUUAUGCCAUGAAGAAAACACAGUUGCUCAAAGAUAAGGCCAUGGCAGAGGAAAGUGGAGACGGUGAGAAAGUGAAAGUGAUCCAGGAUGAGCUGAAUGAACUGGAGGAACGAGCAGAAGCUCUGGACAGACAGAGGACCAAGAACAUCUCUGCCAUCAGCUACAUUAAUCAGAGGAACAGAAGCUGGAACAUUGUUGAAUCUGAGAAAGCUCUUGUGGCUGAAGGACAAAAUGCCAAAAACCAACAAAUGGACCCUUUCACACGAAGACAGUGCAAACCCACCAUGGUGUCGAACGCCAGAGAUCCAUCGGUCCAUGCAGCUAUUCUCGCCCACCUGAACCAGAAGUACGGCUCUGGCUCAGCACCCGACGCUUCCAGUGCUGAGAAGAACAAACUGGGACAAGCAAACCCGAAAGACAAAGACGUCCCCAAGCCAACCACUGACCUCUCAGAAGAUUUGUUUAAAGUUCACGAUUUUGACGUUAAGAUUGACCUACAGGUUCCCAACGCAGAGGCAAAGUCUCUGUCUGUGAGCUCCAACGCCCUGCCGGUGAAGGACGGCGCCCCCCGCAGGUCCCUCAACCUGGAGGACUACAAGAAACGGAGGGGGCUGAUCUGAGGUGGUCAGUCCCUCAUUCAGAAACAACAUUGCAUGUGUAACUGGUUGUGCAGGAGAGAGAGAGAGUGUGUGUGUGUGCGUGUGUGUGUUGAGAAAAGUACGAGUGUGUGUGAGGACGCGAAUGUUGAUCCAACAGACUGUUCAUCCAAACACAGAGGAAAUACUGAUUGAACAAAGACAACUCAUUUUUCUCAAAGGAUCUCUCGGAAGAAAACUUGUCCAGAUAUCUGUCGUUUUGUUAUUUUUGCAUUAUCACAGACAAACUCGUAUACUGAGUUGUGUUUUUUAUGUAUUUAACUCCUCUCCCUAUCUUUUGGAUCGUCUAAAGUCCACUCCUUUUUUUUUUUUUUUUUUGUGGUCUUUUUGUUUCCAAAAGGACGCUGCACUUCUGGAUUAUUACCUUGAACGAGGACGCUAUCUUAGAAGACUUAGGUUGUUGAGGCAUUUUGAAAUUACUGGACAUCUACUGGAGUUGACCAGCUUGCCCUCUUCAACAGUGAAUUAAUGUUGUAAAUCCCCCCCCCCAAAUGUACAAACAUCUGCCCUCGCAGUCCAUCCUGAAUCUGCAGAGUGCAUAUGAUGAACAUCUCUGACUCCAUUUAUCUGGGCAUUUGUCACUUUUUAAGUCUUUGAAACAACCCAAUUUAAGAGGAACUCUUUUCUAUGGCUGGCCUGCUUCUAAAAGUAUCGGCUUCAUUUCUGUUAUCUCUUAGUUGGUUGUUCGUGGGAUAAACUCCCCGCCCCUUAACUCCCAGAGCAGAUUCUACGUGUUAUCGAUUGUGUCCAUAGUCAGUUCCUGUAUUGAUGUGGCAUGCCAUGUAAAUAUGCAUUUUCGAGUGAGUGCAGAAAAAAUAAAGAGGCACUGUUUCAUAA